CUUGGUGGUAAUGAUCAAUUACAAGAAGGUGAAUGGAUGUGGACAGAUGGUACCAAAGCUAAUCUAACAUCAUUGUGGCAUGUAGACGAACCCAACGAUCAGGAGGGAAAUGAAGACUGCCUUGAACUUUAUGACUUCGGAAUGCUCAAUGAUGACGAUUGUGCUAAAUCUUUCUCUUUUAUUUGUAUGGAACUUCAUGAGACAACUGCGACACCUACAACUUCUCCAACAACAUAUUCGUCAUCGACGGCAACACUUAGCUUUACUACAGCGAGAAAUGAGUCAAAACUUAAGAAUGUUUCAAGCGACUCGUUAGCGACAAAUGCAGCUCCUGAAACUUAUCUAACAACAUAUCCGCCAACCAAGGCAACACAUAGCAUUACAACAGAGAGAAAUGAGUCAAAGCUUAACAACGAUGUCGAAAAUUCAUUGGGUGAGAAGCAUGACGUGCUUGAACUAGAGAUCAUUGUGUCUAAGACUUUUAACAUUUCUAUGGACACAUUCAGUAAAUUUGCUUAA